AUGUCCAAUUCAGAAGCCGAAGAUACUUCAAGUGUCAAUUCAGAAAAAGUCACUUCUUAUGGAGACGCGUUGCUGAGCCAACAUCCACCAGCCACACCAGCAAAUGAAGUUGACGAUGAGAAGGAAUUGGAAAGAUUAGUCACUGGUAAUAAAGGUGUGGAAAGGAUUGUUACUAAUUUACAAGAAGGUGCCGGACAGUUGGGACCUUUGGAAGAGCCAUAUGAUUUGAAAUUGGUUCAUACCCAUCCUGACCCAAAUUCUGAUUUCAAUGAUGCCGAUCCUUGGAAGUACCCCUUGGAUCAAGAAACUGGGUUGAGGAUUGUUGAGUGGGUCGACCAUGAUAAGCAAAACCCAAAGAACCUUAGCAAGGCUAUAAAAUGGGUAUAUACUGCCGUGCUUGGAAUGAUUUGCUUUGUGGUGGCGUUGGGUUCAGCUAUCGUCACCGGUGAUUUGGAAAGACCUGCAAAGUACUUUGGAGUCUCGACUGAAGUCAUCAUUUUGGCGUCAGUCACAAUGUUUGUCAUUGGUUUUGGUGUUGGCCCAUUGGUGUUUGCUCCCAUGUCCGAGGAAGUUGGAAGGAAGCCCAUCUAUGUUGUUACUUUAGCUGUCGGACUAGUCUUUAUUGUCCCCUGUGGUGAUGCAAAGAACAUUGGUACAUUGAUCAUUUGUCGUUUGAUCGAUGGUAUUUCGUUUAGUGCACCAAUGACCUUGAUUGGUGGGUCCUUGGCCGAUAUCUGGGAUGGCCCAGAAAGAGGUGUCGCCAUGGCCAUCUUCUCGGCUGCUCCCUUUCUAGGCCCUGUUUGUGGACCAAUCUUUGGUGGUUUGCUUGCAGAUCACGCACCAACUUGGAGAUGGAUCUAUUGGACUUUUUUGAUCGUUGCUGGUAUUUUCUAUGCCAUUUUUAUUGUUCUUGUUCCCGAGACUCACCACGGUACUUUAUUAAAAAAAAGAGCCAAAAAGUUGAGAAAGGAUACAGGCGACUCAAGAUAUAGAAGCUUGAACGAGAUAGAGAUUAGAAAGUUUUCAGAAGUUGCCAAAACUUCUUUGUUGAGGCCAUUUGUUUUGCUCAGUGAAUUGAUUGUUUUCUUGAUGACCAUGUACAUGGCUGUCAUCUACGGGUUGUUGUACAUGUUUUUCUUUGCAUACCCAGUCGUUUUCCAAGAGGGCAAAGGAUGGAGCGCAUCAAUGACCGGUGUCAUGUUUAUCCCCAUCGGAGUUGGUGUUCUUACUUCCACCGCAGCUGCACCUAUUUUUAACUGGGACUACAACAAGAGAGCGCAAAAGUUCAGAGACAGGGGAGAAUUGCCACCUGCUGAGUUGAGGUUGAUUCCCAUGAUGAUUGGGUGCUGGUUCGUGCCGGCAAGUCUUUUCGCUUUUGCCUGGUCCUCAUAUCCAAGAUUGUCCUGGGCUGGACCAUGUUUCUCGGGCUUUGGUGCCGGGUUUGGAUUCUGCUGCUUGUACAACCCAGCCAACAAUUACAUUGUCGACUCCUACCAGCACUACGCUGCCAGUGCAUUAGCAGCCAAGACUUUUGUCAGAUCAAUUUGGGGUGCUUGUGUGCCACUUUUCACGAUCCAAAUGUAUCAUCGUUUGGGAUACGAAUGGGCUUCCUCGUUGAUGGCUUUCAUUUCACUUGCCUGUUGCGCCAUCCCAUUCUUGUUUUACAUUUAUGGUGCCAAAGUCAGAAGCUUUUCCAAGUACGCUUAUUCGCCAUCCCCUGCCAAAUCGCAUAUAGAAGUUUAA